AUGUGGUCUAAUAUUUAUGAAUAUAUAAGUUACUUCCCUGGAUGUCAAAAGGAGCUAGAAGAUCAAAAACGAAUAAUGAGUACAAGUUACGAAGGAGAAUGUAAACCUAUUAUGGGAAAAUAUUUAUCAAGUAUUAAUUCGGAUGAUAUUAACAUUUGCACAACAGCUAUGUCAUAUAUAUAUAAUUUUUCUCGUACUCACGGUGCUAUUUCUGAACGUAUCCAUUGUUUAUACCUGUAUUAUUGGAUAUAUCAUGAAUUUAAAAAAAAAGGUAAAAGUUCCGAUACCAAAAAUCUUUAUGAAGAAUUUUUGAAUCAUUUGAAAAAAUAUUCCAUACAUAACCAAUGUAAAUCAUAUUGGGAUAAUAUUACUUCCUAUGAUCAUUUUGAAAAAGUCAAAUAUUUAUAUGAAACAUCUCUAUGUCUAAAAACAAUAAAACACGAUGGAGAAGUAAUUGAAGACAUGGAUUUUUGUAAUGAAUUAAAAAAUAUUAUAAAAAAAUAUAACGAUAAAAAUAUAUCUGAAUUAUGUAAAAGUGAUAAACAAGAAAUUUCAUUCUCUAGGCAAACUAAUAACAAAAAUAUUAUUAUAAUUUCAAUUCUCCUUACAUUCGUAGUAUUACUGUUGUUAUUUAUUGUCCUUAAGUAUACCUCAUUUCUUACAUGCUUGCUCUAUAAAUUAAAACGUAAAAUAAGUGAAUUCAAAAAUAAAGAUGAAGAACUAUAUGUGUUAGAUCAAUAUGAAGACUUUAAUAGUAUAUCAAUGAAUAAUGGAUAUAAUAUAGACUAUAGUUCAGAUUAA